AUGGAUUCGCCAGUUGUACCCAUUUAUUAUUGGAGCUAUUGGGCAACUGUAAUUUAUAUUGCUGGUAUGUUUGGAUAUUUAGCAAUUGAUACAUCUAAUUAUCUAUUCGAAAUUUUUAAUGAUUCUCUUUCGUAUUUUGUCUAUGCUUUUCUUGCUAUUUUAUUCGUUGUCGAUGCUGCUUUAUAUACAAUUGACUGGUAUAUUUAUGCUGUAAGAUCACGCAACGAUAAAAAUGAACCGAUACAAUAUCAAGCUGAAUUAGUUGCAUGUAUUUUUCAAAAUCUCGGCAGUUAUUGUUAUUUAAUCAGUGCUCUUUUAACUUUUAAUAAAAGUCAAUAUAUGGGUAAAAUUUUAUUAUUUAAUCUUAUUGGCAUAUUUGCUUAUCUAAUUGAAUCUGGUUUUAUAUUUCUCGAAUGGGGUAUUUCAGGUCGAAGAAAACCUUCGACGAAUCCUAAACGUGGUUGUGUUUCUCAAGAUGUUUACAUGUGGGCACAUAUAUUGUAUACUGUUGCUAAUUUAAUUUAUUUAUGUGCAACAACAUUGGCCUAUCGUUUUUAUGUAAACUUAAAUGAUGUCAAUGUGCGCGGUGUAGUUAUAUUACAAAUACUAGGUGAUCUUGUUUAUUUAUGUGAUGCCUGUCUUUAUUAUGAAGGCUGGCUAGAAGAUAAACAAGAAUAUGAUAGAAAUACAGAAAGACAGAAAUUAACUGUACUUAAUUUUAUCAAUCAGUUAACAACAGAAAACUUUAAUGUGGAUUUACACACUAAGGAUAAUAAAUAA